UUUUAAGAACAUAAAGAAAAUGAUGAAAUAAUGAAAUAGAUAAAAGUUCUUUCCAUUAUUUCUUCUCUAGCUUACUAAAGUGGCACUCUUUUUCAAAAUUUGAGGUCGCUUCCCGUUUGAACCAGACUCGCCUCCGAACUACUACGGCAAUAGCGGCAAUUGGCAGAAUCUCCGAUCUCAUGUUUCAUUAUCACCGUCUCAGAACUCUCCUCUACACCCAAACCCCAAAAUGUCACCUUCUUCACAGAACCACCUCUUUCAAUCCCUUCUCCACCGCCACUUCAGAUUCAACUCAACAAUCCUUCACAGUUUCCUAUCUCAUCAACAGUUUCGGUUUAUCUCCACAAGAAGCUCUCAAAGCUUCAAAACGACUUCGUUUCACCACCCCCGAAAAACCCAAUUCCGUUAUCGCCUUCUUCAAAACCCACGGUUUCUCUAAUCCCCAAAUCCAAUCCAUCGUUCUCAAAGCACCCACACUCUUAUCAUCCAACCCCACCAAAACCAUUCUCCCAAAGUUUCAAUUUUUAGCCUCCAAAGGUGCUUCUCCCUCUGACAUAGCCGCCACCGUCGCCAGAAGCCCCCAUUUCCUGGGUUCAAGCCUGAAACGCAUUGUCCCUUCUUUUGAUUUGGUAAGAAGUUUCUGCCCAUCUGAUCAAAAAGCUAUUACUUCAAUCAUUGUUUGUCCCUCUUCCAUUAGUGAUAUCCGCAUGAAACCAAAUCUUCAAUUUUUGCUUGAUUCCGGUGUCACUCCUUCAAGCAUUUACCGUUUGCUUUGUUCUAGACCUUCUGUAAUUUGUUCUAGUGAUUUGAGAAAGGCUGUGGAGGAGAUUAAGGGAUUAGGGUUUGAUACUUCCAAGUACAAUUUUUGUGUGGCAUUACUUGCCAAGAGGGCUAUCUCUAAAUCCCAAUGGGAUGCUAAAGUUGAUGCCUUGAAGAGUUGGGGUUGUUCUGAAGAAGUGAUUUUUGAGGCUUUUAAAAGACAGCCUAACUUUAUGCUACGGUCGCCGGAUAAACUCAACGCGGUGAUGCGUUUUUGGGUCGAAGAGCUUGGUUGGGAUCCUUCAUUGCUAUUGGCAGCACCGGAUCUUUUCGGAUUUAGUAUAGAGAAAAGGUUUAUUCCUAGGGCUUCUGUUGUUAAGUAUCUUCUUUCCAAUGGUUUGAUGAAGAAGGAUGCUAGCUUAGUUACACCAUUUUAUUUGUCUGACGAGUUGUUCCUGCAAAGGUAUGUGAAACGGUUUGAGGAUGAAGAAGCAUCUAGGCUAUUGAAGCUAUAUCAAGUUUUGACUUAUAUCCUCAUGUAUUAUGGAAUUACGACAAUGCUUGAAUUUCUGACAAAAAAUAAGUGUGGAAUUGGAGAGCAAGAAAGUAGAAAUAUUUUUAGAAUGUGUGAGUAAGCAUAAAUUGCUCUCUAUUUUUAUUUUUAUGAUAUCAGAUAAUAGAAGAAUUGAAGUCUUUGAUUCAGGUUUUUCUUUAGCAGCUCAUUCAAUUUUGGAUGACCGUUUAGCUCACUAGCGUGGGUUGAAUUCAUCAUAAUAUCAAUGGACUCUUGAUGAUUAUAACAAGAGCAGGGGAAUGGUGAGCAGUUAGUUGCAUACUAAUUUGCUAGCCAAAAAAGCUAUUAGGGCAAAUAACAGCCUUAGGUUCAAUAAGCCCCAUUGUUGUAACAUUUUCAAUGAUUAUUAAUCUAUGAGGAUUUUUUAUUCAA